AUGCUUUUUAAGCAAGUAACUCAGUCUAAUAGAAUCGUUAAGCGCGGCCGAGGCCGUCUAAGAAAUCCCUUUUUUGCUUUAGCUAUUGCUGCUGUUGCAGCUGCGGCGGCUGCGGCGGCUAUAUUACGCACUCUUACUUUCGAAGAUUCGCCUUUUCUUUUAGACUUUUUUAUUAAGCGCUUACUUAUGUUAACGACCGUUAAGGCUUUAAGGUGCAUCAAGUGCAUUAAUACGUUAUACGCUGUCUCUAGUAUGCUAAAGGUAGCUAUAGCAAUUGUACCGCUGCUUCUACCGCUAUUAACACCGCUUUCGAUAACUUCUCUUCGAGAUGCUGUGCGACAACAGCUCGCUUUAAAUGCUGCUUUUUCAAGAGGUGCUGUUAAUAGUGCGAGCGGUCUAGCGAGUAAAAGUAGAGGUUUUAAAAAUAGUCUUGAUAGCUUUGCAAGUUUUGCUUUUGCUUUUAAGACCUUUAAUUUGAAUAUAGCUUUUAUUAGAUUGAAUAGUCUUAUGGUAGCGAACCGUAGUCCGGUGACUCGGAGCGCUUCGAGUAUAUUACCUUUUCCCUUUGCGCUUGCGCUAGCCGCUUUUGUUGCUCUCGUCGCUCUCGCAGCUCUCGUCGUACUUAUUAUCGUCGCUUUUUUUGCGCUAAUUAUUGCGCUUGCCGCUUUCGCGGCGGCGCUCGCCGUUGUUAUAACGCUUGCGGAGCGCCGAGCUAAGGUAAAGAGAUUGCUAAGAGCUUUAGUUGAUCUUUUGUUGUAA